AUGAAUCAUAUAAGAGUCGGUACUGCUUUAAAUUUAGAAGAAGACAAGCUUCUUGAAGCGGAUUUAAAUACCAAAAAGCAGAAUAAAAAGAGGGUUUGGACAGAAGGUUAUGAUUCGGAUUCGUCUCAAGAUGAUAGAAUUAGAGAAGAAAGGGAUGAAAUUGAUAUUUUUGAAGAAAAUGAGCGCAUACAAUCCGAGGGAAAUGAAAAAGAAUACAAAAAUGGGCGCAUAUAUACGGAAAAAAGAGGAAAAAAGACCCGAUUUGUUGAAUUAGAGGAGAUUGAGGGUCAAGAUUUUGACUCAAGAAGAGAAUUUGUAGAUAUUCUUGAUGAAGAUGAUGAAGAGGAUGAUGAAGAUUAUGAUUCUGAAUUGGGGGCAAGUGGACGCAAAAAAAAUCCGCCUAAAAUUGAAGCAUUUAACAUGAAAGCGGAUUUUGAAGAAGGAAGAUUUGAUGAAGAAGGGAAUUAUAUUAGAAAUGCACCAGAUCUGAAUGCAAAGCAUGAUAUUUGGUUAGAAGGGAUUAGAAGAGAAGAUAUUUUAAGGGCAAGAAAAGCAAUGGAAAAAAAAGAGGAAGAAGACAGGUUAUUAUUAGAAAAAAAGGAAGAAUUGUCAUUAGAAAAUAUGUACGAAACGUUAUUAAGUCUUCUCGAAGUGGGAGAAACUAUUUUGGAGGCAUUACAGAGAUUGGGAGAAGGAUUGGAGCAAAAAAAACGAUGGACGAAUAAAAAUAAGAAGGAUUUACAACAAUUAAAAAAUGAAGAAACACAAAAGAAAUACAGAGAUAUAGAAAGAAUUACAGAAUUAGCGGAUAAAUUGAUGCAAUAUGGACAUAAUGAGAUUUAUGAUUUAACACGUGAAGCAAUUGCUCGUAAAUAUCAAAAAGAAACGGGCAAAGUUUGGAAAAAUCCGAGAAAAGAAGAACUAAAAUAUGAAUAUAAAUGGGAAGGAAAGGAUGAAAUAUAUGGGCCUUAUGAAAGACUUCAAAUAAAAGAAUGGCACGAUCGAGGAUUUUUUACAGAACAAAAAAUUGAAAUACGAAAAAUAGGAGAUCAAGUUUUUCAAACAUUGGAAGAUCUUGGAUUUUCAUUUACAGCAUGAUAUGCACAACAUUUUAUGAUCAGAAAGGAUGAUUGUUUUGUUUGAAAGAUGUUAAGAGUUUUUUACACGUUUUUUUUAGAAAUGUAUAAAAAAAUUAUUAAUUAUGAAUAUAUUUAAAAAUACAAAUAGUAGAUAUUUUUAUAUUUAGAAUUUAGA